AUGACAGAUACUAGUAGUAGUACUACUACAGACUUAUCACAAGUACUUGUAAAGUUACUACCAAAGUGUGAUUGUAGCGACACUUGUAACAACAACAACACAAACAAACAUAGACAUGACAGCAUCAUUAUUGAGGUGUUGCGCAACAGGACAUUGUUAAGAAGGAUAAUCAAUGUGGGCAGACCUAUAUAUUGGAGAUAUUCAACUCUCAAGUAUGAUCAGCUCAACAGAGCCGACGAUUUGUUGAGAUUGAAACGUCACUAUGUGUUGGUUGAGCGACUACUCCGCUGUGGCAACAACAGUAUAUCGUGGUCAAUACAAGGAUUGAUGUUGCUCAUCGAGUUGAUGCCAUUCGCUGUGUUCAAGCAUGUCUAUGACUCAAACAGAUACAUCAUGCUCUAUUAUCAUCGGGUAUUGAUGUCGACAGCUGCCAAAUAUGGACGACUGGAUAUGUUCAAGAUCUUUGAGGCGCAGGUUCAAGACUUCCCACCCGGUCCGCAACACUCGUAUCAAUCCUCCUCAGAUGACCAUCUCAUUCUGGCUCUUCAUAACAACAGACAGGCGGUGUUUGAUCAUCUUUUGGCACGCGAGACGAAGCAAAGCAUGGAUCGUAGGUUGACCAAUUGGUCCAAUAUCAUUCCUCCAAACAUAGGCCUACGUUCCCCCGAUGAUUGGCGAGAGAUGGCAGCAAUACUCAAGACAUUGGUCAUAUACAUCGAGACACACUACAAGAAGCUUACUCAAGGACAAUAUGUGAUCACGCGUUUGUUGGGUGAUUGUCAAUUCAUGUUGGUGCUGCUCUGCCAGGACAUGGAUCUAGCACGACUAUCAAUCAAAUACUUCCCAUUUAAUGAUGAGGAGCUGACCAAUAGCUUCAACCUGGAAUUGCUUAACUAUGAUGACCUCAAGGGGAUACCCAUCGAUCCCGAGCAGUUGGGACGCAAGGUCGACUUCAUCUUUGAUCUUUUGGAACUCCAUAAACGCCCUGCCACACGCACUGUUGUUGAAUGGCCAGCCUGCAGAGAAGUGCUCAACGACGUUGGCGUGAUGCUGCUCGACAUCUUCUCCGCAUUGACACAGAACUACGACACGUGGAUAGUCAUACGACGAAUCUUUAUGAAUGUUCGCCAGGAUGCCAACCAAUCAGAGUUAGCCAAGUUCGUUCAGUACUUCAUCUCUCGUGACAUGACCACCCAUCAACUUUUUGAUGGACUCACAGCGAUAAGCACUUAUGGCACAUUGGAGAUGGUCAAACUUGCGAUGGACAUCGUAGGAAGAUCUUUGGACGGGAAGGAUCUGAGCAACGAUGAUUCAUUCCCAAAGUCAGUGGAGAUACUGGAGUACCUCGUUCAGCACAACCUGUAUACAAUGCGCACCUGGCCAGUAAUCGUUCACUUUGCUUCAUUGGGCGAUCCAGACCAACUUAGGAAACUGUUCUCAACAUUCCCAACAUUAUUGAUUGAUAAUCAAACCUAUACUGCUGAUGAUCUUAGAGUGUAUCAGGAUGAAAUCAUGGAAGCUUUGGAAAACCACAGCGUAGACACAUGUAUAUCGAUCCAAUCAAUCAUCCAGGCUGAGCUGGCCAAAGCAAAUCGAAAUGCUGACUUUAAGAUCGUAACUGUUCAAGCAUAUCUGUCUACACUGCAACAGGUCCAAUCCCUCUCUGACGACAAAUUAAGGAGCUUUGAAUACUAUCCUAAUGAAGAAGUUUGUAAAGUGGACCCAUCCGUGAUCAUCUCAAUUCUCUCCAGGGCAUCCGACAUCAUCCUCAACAAGCAUUUCGCAGAGGGACUCAUGGAGUCAGCCUGCACAUAUGGAUUGAUAGAGUACGUUCACCUUCUCGACUCGUCGUCCAAUCAAGUCUUUAAGGAUAUUCGAUCAGACUCAGAUGUUAUGGCAAAUCUACUUCUUGCGGCCUACAAUCAUGGUCAAUACUCAAUAUUCCAAUACCUCGUGGGUUGUGGCGCAAGACUCAAAUGGUUCAUGUGGAAGAGGAUCAUAAUUUUUGAUAACAAUAGCAUCAUGUUGUUGGAUAUGUUGCUUGACCAACAGCAGACCACUCUCACCCAGUCGGAGAAGGAAGUCGUGAUACACUCUCUCUGCUCCAACCCCGACUCAUCAUUGAUCAAGAUGGUUUACAGGAGAUGGUCUAAAGAUAUCAAACUCGAUCGAGAUAUAUUGGUACAGAAGGCCUUUAAAUGUAUGACACUGGAUCGUGUGGAUGUGUUGGCAAGCAUUACAGAGAUGAUUGUCGAUUGUUCUCGAUUAGACUCAAACAAU